AUGCCGCGUCCCUUUGGUGUGUGGGCUCCUGCGACAACCCUCGCGGAGUACCGCGCCCGUAUUCCUGGUAUGAGCAAUUUUAAGCUGCGAUGGGUAUUUGGUGCUCGGCGAGAGGUUUAUUACCACCCGGAGGCACUUGCUCACUUUAAGGACCAUCAACAAUAUAAAGACGCUGUGGAUACCGUACGUGCAAUGCGCACUUCCGACAAGUUCUUCGGUGAGGGCGUCAAGUUACCGCACCACCCCCUCAUUAAGAUGGGUGUUAUAUUGUCGAUUCAUGGUUAUUUGACGUACUGCUGCCUGCGAUAUUACUAUGGUACGCAUGUUCCGGCCAAUAAUCCAACAUGGAGAAAAAUUGUGAACAAGGAGUGGGAGGAGGCAAUUAACAACUCUCCAUGGGAUCAUAUGUCGCACGUGUGGCAAUACAGUGAUCAAUACGCGUCGUCCAUUGGCGAGGCGGCAGCCCUGGGCAGACGUAAGUUCUAUAUUCCUGCCUAG